AUGAGCAGGAAACACGCCCUUGGCCGGUACUACAUACCAUUCAUCUUUUUAAUCAUCCACGUCUCAGGGCAACCAUUUACCACACCAACGAUCAAUCUCGAUGCAGUUGGCCAAUUGGGAUUCACAGGCAACUACAAUGGCCUGUCUCCCUUUAUUGACACCCAGCAAUUCGAAACCGGAGCAGACCUGAGAAUGUCAUCCCUCGUCUUGUCAAAAAACAAUACAUUCACACGUAUUGCAUCCGCCAAUGGAGACAUUCUCACGACCUGUACAUUGAAGCGUGCGGAUAACCAGAUGGACAUUUACAUUGGUGGCAACUUUACCACCAUUACUUAUAAUAAUGACAACCAAAGUAAUAGUAAUAGCAAUAGUAACAGUAACAGUAACAGUAAUGACAACACCGCUCUACGUUAUAUUGCCCGGUUUGAUUCUCAGACACAAACACUCACCGGUCUUGAUGGAGGCCUGGAUGGCCCAGUUCAGGCACUCUAUUGUGACCAGGAGGCAAAUAGUGUGUAUGUUGGAGGCGAUUUUGGCUCACCUGUCCAAACACCCGCAAGUAAUAAUGGAUCGACUGUGUUUGGCAAGAUUGCACUCUGGCAGAAUAAUGCCUGGACUGCCCUGCCCUGGAGUGGAUUCAACGGUCCUGUCUACACCAUCACUCCGAACAAAAAGAAAAACACCAUCUUAUUCGGUGGUUUAUUUGAUGCCACAGGGGAUGGGCAGUACUAUAAUACUAACAGCAGCCAAAUUGUCAACCUUGGAGGUUCUACUACUUUGGGAUCUGGUAAUGGUGCCUUGACAGCUGGUCUUGGUAACCCUGCCAAUAUCGUUUGUUCCAACAAUACCUUACCUUUGCCUGACACCCCAUGGCUACUUCAAGAGGGUGUUCCUGGAUAUUGGGAAGCCACCUUUGCGUAUUCGAUCCAACCCUCGCUUUUCCGCAUCAGCAAUACUCAUUAUGACGGAAGAGGAACAAAUUCAUUUAGUAUUAUUGCUUUAGGAUCGAAUGAAUACUUUGAACUAUCCUAUCUGGAUCCUGUCACUCAACAAAACGUAAUUUGCUCUAAAGAAUGCCAUCUUUCCAACGACACUAGUAUUGCCUUUCAAGACUUUACAGUAGUCAGUCCUUACAUCACAACUGGUGUCAGAAUCAAUAUUGAUUCUUGGUUUGGCUCUGGCGGUGGUCUGGCUAGUGUACAGAUCUUUCAAUCAGAUAUUGCACUCCAUGCCCAUCUUGGAGACACUAAUGAUGGCCAGUGCACAUCUUCAAUUACUCCCUCUACAACAAUUGUUGGCAAUUGGGUAGAGAAAUAUGUGUUUGGAACAUAUCAAAACUUCCUGACCUCCACAUUUUCUGCGUCUGAUCUUGCUACCACUGAUGCCUCGAUUCUCUACACACCUUACAUUCCGGUUCAAGGUCAAUACACUAUUUAUGCCACAACCCCGGGCUGUGUUGGAAGUUCGACCUGUAAUGAUCGGACUCAAAUUGAGCUCACUGUCACACCAUCACCGGGUAAUAGUACGAUAUUCUUUGUAGAUCAGGCAGUAACAGAAGACACACGUACCUUGAUCUACAGUGGCUUUUUGUCCGCAACAACCACAAGCUUUCAACCGACCGUGCUGCUAAAUCUGGCCGCAAAUGCUACGGCUCCUAGCAGUGGCACGGUUAGCUUGGUAGCAACGUCUCUUGAAUUCAUAAAAAACGGAACUGGUGUCACCCUAGUCAGUGUGUUGGAAUAUAGCCCACAAAACUACACACAGAACAUUGUACCCUCCUGGAGACCAUUGACUGAGCAAUUAUUACAUGGUUCUACUGUACGUACGAUUGAUGCUUCACAAGGAGAUGUUCUAUACAUCGGUGGUCAGUUUGUUGGUAUAAAUGAUAUCUAUCGCAAUAUUGUUGCCUAUGAUUAUCUUUCUUCAGGAGGUCAACUUAGACCUCUUAAUGAAAUUGGCCUGACUGGGAAUGUAACCUGCUUACAGUUAGUUGAUUCAAAUUUGUAUGUUGGUGGUUCAUUCAACUCUACUGUUACUGGAACAAAGCCUCUCGGAAAUGUAGCUCGACUUGACAUUGCUGGUAACCAAUGGGUUCCUCUUGAAAUGGGUCUAGAUGGUCCUGUUGAGUCAAUGUUUUUAUCAGACUCUACAAUCACUUUUUCUGGAAGCAUAACCCGUAUCGUAAAUACAAACUCGACCACACCAACGUCAGUAGGCAACGCUGUUUGGGAUAUAACUAACAACAAAUGGAUCGAUCGAUCGUCCCAAAUUGUCGGAACCGUACGUUUGAUCACAUCCUUGAGUACAGACACCACUGUCAACAAUAAGAUCUGGAUAGGUGGCAUUCGCAGUGCCCAAACCUACCUUGCCAGCGGUCUUGCGUCUCUCAACCUGGACAGUAUCUGGUCGCCACAUGUAUUCGGAAACGAUCCCGACGCAGUUAUCAACACUGGCCUGUUUUGGCACAACACUACCGAACCCGGAACCAACAUCACGGUUUUGAUUAUUGGCGGACGGUUCAAGAUCUCAGACAAGAUCUCGAAUCUGGCGAUGUACAAAGAUAGCGAAUGGACCGGAAUCGGCGAACUCGAUGGCGAAGUCCGUGCCCUGACGCUUCUGAACGAUAAACUCUUGAUCGGCGGUGAAUUCGGUGGCAGGUUUUAUGACAGCCAGCCCAAGAGUUUUGCGAUCUAUGAUCUGAUUGGCCAGAAGAAUGUGGACACAAUAGGUGUCUAUGGCUCGGGGGGUCAUAUAGGACGUAUAAAUGUAAUACAAGUUAGUGGAAACAGUCAUAUAGUGAAUGUGGGAGGAAACUUUAGCUUGGCUGGCUCAUUGGAGUGCCCGUCUGUCUGCUCCUUGAACACCAAUACAUUGCAGUGGGAUAAAGUUGCUCAAAACUUACAAGGCCAAGUAUAUGACAUGACAACUUUCGCUGGUCGGUUGAUAGCAGUCGGAGACCUACAGGUCAAUAAUCAACGUACCUAUAUUGCCGAGAUAAAAGAUCAGUCGAGCAUCUGGACCGUACCUACAGAGAUCCAAUCUGCCGAACUAGGCAUUCCAACUACAUUACUCAGCAUGCCAAAAAAGGUAUUGAUUGCUGGAAGUAAUGCUACUUCUGGAUAUUUGGGUACUUGGGAUGGUACAAAGUAUACUGAUCUUGGAUCAAAUCUUGGGCCUUCAAGUGAUAUCAGACAACUUCUUUAUAUUCCCAUCACAUCUUCACCAAAUGAUGAUCGAUUCCCAGCUGAUUCGGAGGAUAUGCUUAUGGUGGUUGGUAAAUUGGAUAUCGCACCCUUUGGAAAUGUUAGUGCAGCGUUGUAUGAUGGAUCCAACUGGUACCCGUAUGUCCUGACUUCCCAAAGAGACGGUACACCUGGAACUAUUCAGCAUUUAUUCCAUGAAUCCCCAUGUUGCACAGUGAGCAAUAUUAAACGACAUUUGCCAGUACCUGCAGUAAUCUUGAUUUCUAUUGCUGUUUCACUUGGGAUAAUCUUUGCCUUGGUCCUAUGCGCUCUUUGUUUUGUAUUUAUCCGCAGACGCAACUCUGCUCGCCAUGAUCCCGAACCAAUGCCACCAUGGGCAUCUGGACGUCGCGCAUCAACACUUAUUGCAAUGUUGGAUGCUGCACAGCUGGGUGUUCUAGGUGCAAGUGCAGGUGCAGGUGCAGGUGCAGGUGUCGGUGCAUAUUCUGGAGAUACUUUGACAAACAAAGAAAAGAAUGGAUUUGUCAACCAGAACCAAAACUCAGCUGAGAUGCGUGAAAAUUUGGUUGGAUCACCAUUUAUAAAUAAUGACCAUACUAAUGGAACUGGAACUGGAACUGGAGCUGGAGCUGGAGCUGGGGUGGUUACAUUUGCAGCAAUGCUCUCGGCAGCUGUAGCCAAACGGGCAGAAAGUGGGCCAGAUGCACCUGUUAGUGAAGACUGCCCAUCUUUGUUCUAUGCAAAGUAUCCGUUUGAUGCCAAAGAGUAUGGAGAACUUGGAUUUGGUGCAAAUGAAACGAUUAUUGUUACAGAUAUGAGCGACAAUGUUUGGUGGAUGGGCUAUAAAGAUGAUGGCUCUGGAAAACCUGCUUCGGGUUUGUUCCCUAGUAAUUAUGUAUCAAGCACAAAGGCUAGUUAA